AUGUCGACCGAUGCCACUGACCACUUUAAGGACGCAAACCCUUCAGCAUGUUCUGCGCAGGGAGAGGCCACGACCUCAGCAUCCCCGGCGCUACGUCAACACCAGACACCUCCGACAUGGAUACCCAUUGAACCUAUUCAGUCACAUAUCAGCAUGUUCACAGGACGAACUGACGCUGACCCACUGGUGCCGCCUUCGCCAUCCGCAAGAUCAGACGACAGUAAAUUGACAUUAAGUCCAGGGUCUAUCAAUCGUGUCUUCCCUGUUCGGUCGACCGUUUCCAUCGAUCCUGUUGCUACCCCAAUGCCUCGUAUGGAUCUGGGUGGUGGCUAUCCUGGAAUGAGACCUCCCACUGGCUCCAGGAACGCAAGCCGCGUACUUUUGGGACGUGCGUCCACCAGAACAAGGAACGCGUCGACAUCUGACGGAUCAGACGCUGGCUCGACGACUUAUUCCACUGGCAAGGUCGACCAUCAGCUUCUGAAUAAUAUGGUCGCGGAUGACUUCUCCAGCAAGUCGGAGGUCUCGAGCGUGUCCGGUGGAGUACCAACCCCAGCAGCGUCAGAAUCUGGAUUGGUCACGGCACGCUUCAAGCAUGUUGUGACCGAUGGUGGCCACGCCGUCAUCACCGGAAGAGACGGUGAAACGUUACAGAGAUGCGAAGAUGAACCAAUUCAUAUCCCUGGCGCCAUUCAAAGCUUUGGUCUCCUUGUCGCUCUCCGUGAAGAGAACGAGAAGCUGGUCGUACGCGUGGUGAGCGAGAAUUCGGCCGAAAUUAUCGGCUACACACCUCAUCAGCUCUUCCAACUCGACUCUUUCCUCGACAUAUUUUGUGAAGACCAAGCAGAAAAUUUGACGGACCACCUGGCCUUCAUCCAAGAUGGUGAAGGAGAUGUCAGCACGAAUGGACUGGAAGUUUUUCUCUUGUCAAUCAAACCUCCGCACGCUCGCACCCGGAGAUUAUGGUGUGCCAUGCACCUGUCCGAGUCGGAUCCAGGCUUGGUGAUCUGUGAGUUCGAAAUUGAAGACGACACGAGGAAUCCGUUGGUUUCGCCGGAGGACAUGACGCCUCCAGUUCCGGAAAACACUCUCGGGAGUAAUCCUACAGCGGAAGAACUCAUGGACAGCACUGUCACUAUUAGUAAACCGCUACGUGUAUUGAGGAGCGCGCGGAAGAAGAGGACGGAGGUGGCAGCAAUGGAGAUAUUCAACGUAAUGUCUCAAAUCCAGGAACAACUUGCCAACGCGCCAACUCUACAAACAUUUCUUAAAGUCCUCAUUGGCAUUGUCAAGGAACUGACCGGCUUUCAUCGUGUCAUGAUAUAUCAAUUCGACAACGCCUGGAACGGGAGAGUUGUCGCCGAACUGGUUGAUCCUCGAUCGACUCGGGACCUGUAUAAAGGUCUGAAUUUUCCCGCGUCCGACAUACCCAAACAGGCACGAGACCUGUAUAAGAUCAACAAAGUCCGCUUGCUCUAUGAUCGUGAUCAGGAGACAGCCCGACUCGUAUGCCGGACUGUGGAGGACCUUGAGAGGCCUCUCGACUUGACGCAUGCGAACCUCCGCGCAAUGUCUCCGAUCCACAUCAAAUAUCUCGCCAACAUGGGCGUCCGGUCGUCCAUGUCGAUCUCGAUCAAUGCUUUCAAUGAACUGUGGGGGUUGAUCUCUUGCCAUUCAUAUGGGGCGAAGGGGAUGAGGGUGUCGUUCCCCAUCCGCAAAAUGUGUCGUUUAGUCGGCGAGAAUGCCUCUCGCAACGUGGAACGCCUGUCUUACGCUUCCAGACUACAAGCUCGUAAACUUAUCAACACCGCCUCUACCGCCACAAACCCAUCGGGGUAUAUUGUGGCCUCAUCUGACGACCUAUUGAAAUUGUUCGACGCCGAUGUUGGUGCACUUUCGAUCAGGGAUGAGACGAAGAUCCUGGGCAACCCCAGGGGCCACCUUCAAGAGGUCCUUGCGAUGGUCGAAUAUCUCCGAAUGCGAGAGAUGAACGCAGUAUGCUGCUCUCAGGACAUCACUAACGAUUUUCCUGAUCUGCGUUACGAACCGGGCUGGAAAUUCCUGGCCGGUGUUCUUUUCGUCCCUCUGUCAACCGGUGGCAACGACUUUAUUGCCUUCUUCCGCAAGGGCGUGUUGCAAGAAGUUAAAUGGGCCGGCAACCCGUACGAAAAAUUCAUCAGGGAAGGUACUGAGGGCUACCUUGAACCCCGAACAAGCUUCAAAGCGUGGAGCGAGACCAUUGUAGGUCGAUGUCGAGACUGGACAGAUGAAGAAAUAGAGACCGCGUCCGUCCUCUGUCUCGUCUACGGCAAAUUCAUCGAGGUCUGGCGCCAGAAAGAAGCCGCCCUCCAAAACAGCCAACUGACUCGGCUUCUCCUGGCGAAUUCGGCCCAUGAGGUCCGCACCCCGUUGAACGCGAUCAUCAACUACCUGGAAAUCGCGCUUGAAGGCCAGCUGGAUCAGGACACUCGAGAGAACCUGGCUAAGUCCCAUUCGGCCUCUAAAUCGUUGGUUUAUGUCAUCAACGACCUGCUGGAUCUGACCAAGACAGAAGGGGGCCAGACACUGGUCACGGAUGAAGCUUUCAACCUCCUGCAGACAUUGAAGGACGCCACGGAUCCUUUUGUCGGCGAUGCGAAGCGAAAAAGUCUACACUAUGAGGUCAUACUGCACCCCGAGCUGCCACAACAAGUCGUGGGCGACUAUCGACGAGUUCGACAAGUGGUGUCUAACCUCGUUGCGAACGCCAUACAACACACAAAAGAAGGACGAGUUAUCGUCGAGGCAUAUCCUUUACCAACUUCACAAACACAGGGCAAGAUUGAGAUUGAAGUCGCCGUCGAGGAUUCUGGAAUAGGAAUGUCGCAAACGAAAGUCGACGCGUUGUUUAGAGAACUUGAAGAAGUUUCUUACGAAGAGGAUCUGCAAUCCCCUACAGUGAUCACGAGUGAUAAACCCGCCGACAAGACGCAGCCCGAAACCAUGGCUCUUGGUCUUGGCCUCGCUGUAGUUGCACGGACCAUUCGGAAUAUGAAUGGACAGUUGCGAGUGAAGACGGAGGAGGGAAAGGGUUCCCGUUUCGUCAUUGUUCUCGGCUUUGAUAUCAAUGAAGCGCCUAAAGCUGCUCAACUCGACCACCAUCCUCGGUCAUCAGACGCCAUCUCUCGACCGUCUACGUCUUCUGGACAACAACAACAACAACAACAACAAGGUGAAGUCACCUUGAUUUACAAGAAACGGCCAAAAGUUAGCGAGCCGCCUCCCCUGGUUCGCAAAGAAAGUGGUGGAAGCAUCAAUAGCUUGGCCAGUCUCAAGAGCGGGAAAAGUGCCCUCAGUCUCAAAAGCGAUACCAGCCAAAGAAGCGAUGCCGACAGACUCAUCGACGCCAUUCAGCAGCCUUUGCAGCUGGGUGAACCAAUACAAGGCAGUCCCAGUUCCAAUGUCAAAGAUUCUCAUCGUCUCUCGCUCAAUUUAUCAGAGGCCUCCCCGAGCUCUCCAAAAUCCAGAAGCCUGCCCUCUCCACGAGAACUCCGGUCGGCAUUUUUCAGGACGGCCGGGUCGGAAAAGAUUAAAGACUCUGGAACUCCACUACGACCAGUCCGGGUGUCCGACGGCCAGCCGGAACAGGUGAGUGGAUCAAUAUCUGGCCCCAGGAUCCUUUUCGAAGAGCCGGAGUCUGUGGGUACAAGAUCAGAUACGACCGAAACCCCCAAGGCGACAUCAUCGGAUAAUUUCUCGGUCCUCGUUGCGGAGGACGACCCGAUCAACAGCAAAAUCAUGAGGAAACGCCUAGAAAAGCUGGGAUAUACAGUCCAUAUGACGGUGAAUGGUGAGGAGUGUUCUUCGGCCCACGGUGACCAACCGGCCUCGUUCGAUGCCGUUCUGAUGGACCUUCAAAUGCCCAUUGUGGAUGGUUUUGGUUCCACGAAGAUGAUUCGAUCAUUCGAGAAGAUCCACGGCAAAUCCUGUCUCUCCAGUAGAGCUGGGGGCAACGGAAGGAUUCCCAUCUUUGCGGUGUCCGCUUCGCUCGUCGAGAAGGAGCGCGCCAAGUAUGUGCGAACGGGCUUUGACGGCUGGAUAUUGAAACCGGUGGACUUCAAACGCGUGGAUCUGCUGCUAAAGGGAAUUGUGGAUCAAGACGCGCGCAAGGAAUGUGUCUAUGAGCCGGGCAAAUGGGAAAGAGGAGGAUGGUUCUCUCGUCGAGACGAACAGGGAGGAUCUUUCGAUGUCAACACCACGCCGAGCCAGCAGAAACCUACCAUACAAACUGAACAACACGACUACCAGAAGUCAGGGACCCUGUCGGCCGAGGAAUCGCCACCUUCGGAGGCAACUGUUGUACCAUGA